GACAGGAACCCUCGGCGCGCGAAGCUGGCUAGCUUGAAGGCCGCCAUCAGCUCCCGCGGAGGCAAGCAGGGAAGUGGCGGGUCCAUGGAUGUCGCCGGAGUGCGCAUUACGCCCCCCGAGCUGCGCUUCGUGGAUGCGAUGCCAGGCAGUUGUUAUAGUGCGCUGUUCAGCGUCCAAAACCUGCAGAAAUGCAGCUGUUCGCUUCAUUUACUACCUCCGGAACGGCCUCAGUUCAAACUAAUUGUGGAAAAUCCAAAGAAACCUAUUGCUUCUGGCCUUUACAUAAGAGCUACAGUGGAAUAUCAUCCGGACAGUGAGGAAGACCUUCAUGAUAGGCUCCUCCUUCAUGUAGAGAAAAAAGUAAUUGAAAUUCCUCUGAUUGGAUUACGUCCAUGUUGUUUCUUAGAAAUUGAACCUGAAAUAAAUUUUGGAACAGUGAUUGCAAACAGUAAAAUAAUACAUGCAAUAACCAAAAUUACAAACUAUGGAUCAUCCCCAGGUACAUUUGACAUAAAAUAUAGAGGAAAUGUUCCAAUUAUUAUAGCACCAAGCAGUGGCGUGAUAGAACCAAAAACAAUGAAAUUGAUAAAAGUAGAGAUAUGUACUGAUGUGCCCAAAAUACUUAAUGAACUAGCCACUGUGGAGUUGCAGGGAAUGCCCACUGCUGAGAUAAAGAUCAAAGCCAAUAUUGUGGAACAAGUUCUUGAGGUUUUAGGUGUGCCUCACUCAAAUACUAUCCAGUGUGUUAAUUUUGGAUGUGUCUACUUUGGAACCUCCAAGAUGGAAGAAGUGAUUCUUCACAAUAAAAGCCCAGAGCCUAUGGAUUGGGUGGCAGUCUUGAUGGAUAAUGCUGUUGGUGGAGAGAUGGGCACAGAUAUUAAACAGAGUUCAAAUGCUGCUUUGAAAGAUUAUCCUGGAAAUCAAGGAACAGAUGUUUCAACUCUGAUUACUUGCAUUCCUAAUGAAGGAACACUACAACCUUAUCAGAAGACUGUGGUUUUUCUUUCUUUUAGUCCAAAGCAGCUGCAAAUUGAUAGGGACUUUGACAGAACACAAUCACGAAAAGAUUAUGCUGUCUUUUUGAAAUUUGAAGUUGUAGGAAGCAAAAAUGAUUUCUUACACACAAUGCUUGGUGCUGAAAUACCCAUCCAAGGGAAUCCCCACUGUGUUGAAUUGGGAUUGAUAGGCUCAGGGCUUCCAGUCAUGUUGACAUUCACCCCAGGACCAGUUGUCAGUUUCAAAGAAUGUUACAUUGGUGAACACACAGAUCUUGUUUGCACACUCCAAAAUGAAUGUGAUGUUCUUCCAGUGACAUUUGUUUUUCAUAAGAUUGCACAUUAUAAUAUUUGCCCUGAAAAGGGAAAAAUAAAAGAAAAGUCUGUAAAGGAUGUGAUAUUUUCAUUUAUCCCACGACAUGUAGGAUACUUCACAGUGAGGCAAAAAGUAGAUAUUGUAGGACCAGUAGCAAAAAAAGAUGACUUUCCAGUAUUAGAGAUAAAACCAUUUCAUCAAAUACAUUUAGUUUUUUCUGGCCUCUGCAAGUCGAUAUCCACUAAUGUGCUGAAAACCAACCCUGGUUUAACACCAUUGAUUUCCAAAGCUACUGGGAUAUUUAUAGCUAACAAGGGGGAUCAAAAGAGUGAUGUUGCACCAAUAGCACUACUUAAAUCAGAUAAGACACAAUUACAUGCUCACCGGAUUAAUAGGAACUUAAGUAAUGUACAAGUAGCUCUUCCCAAUGAUCGUCCAGCCAGCAUAAGACCCUCUGAGUGGCAUAAGGAUUACAGGACUAUUUUCACAAAAGUUCCCAGAUAUUGUUACAUAGAUCCAGAGUUCUCUUACACAGUAUAUGAAGAACUGGAAAAGCAGAUGAAUAAAGAGUACUAUGCAGACUACAUUCACAGUUUAAGAAAAGUCCGUUUAAAAAAAAAAGAAGCUCAGAUCUUCAAAAUGCUUAAUAAUCCUGUGGACAUAGGAUUAAAGCCAGCAUCAGGGCUAAAAUCUCCUAUGCUCAGAAUUUUAAAGCAUGAUAACAUGGAGAAAGAAGCUGCUUGUGUAAACAGAAAUAGCCUGUUAACUAGUAAACAGCUAGCAGAAAUCAAAUCUACAUCUAUACAAAAAGAGGUGAAUGGUUGUCUUAAUCCUGAACCAUUGUCUCAGCAAGAAAUUGAAGACUGCAGUCUAAUUCUGACACCAAAACAGCUUCACCAGAUAGUCAUUGGUCCUUCCACUAUUGACUUUGGAGAAGUCUGUGUGCAUUCUACAACUACCAGAAAAAUGCAUAUCAUAAACAACUUACCUGUGCAUAUAUGGAUACAAAUAGAAAUUAAAAGUGAAGAACUACAACGGACUAAUCCUUUGUUGCAUGUCAUAACACCUUUUAUGAAAACUUACGUUACUGUGGUGUUUGAGAAGGACACAUUAGGGAACUUUAAAAAGUCUUUCAUGUAUUCAAUAAACCAACGCCAUGUUGGACAUAUUUUAGUGAUAGCAAAAAUUGUGCCAGUUGCCUUGGAGCUAUCUACAAGGGAAUUGACUUUAAAUCCUGCUUUCAGCUUUCUAGCAAAAACUGGAUUUAGAACAACAGUCACUCUAUAUAAUCGAAAAAACUAUCCUGCACAAUUUACCUGGAAGCCUGUCAUCACAGAUAAAGGAAUAGGAUUUUCCAUCUGUCCAGAAAAGGGUAUAGUAGAAGCAAGUAAAGAUCUAGAAUGCGAAGUUGUUUGGCAUCCAAGUUUUUCCUCUUCAGCAACUGGAGAAUUUGACUUGUGUGUGCAUGAAGGAAAAACAGUUAGAUUAAAAUGUUUUGCAAAGCUUGGCUCUACCAGUGUUCAGUUUAAGGAGCAACGGAUUACCUUUAACAAUGCUCCUCUCCAUUUAACUACUUACAGAAUAGCCAUUCUUCAAAAUUUGGGACAUAACCAUGCAUAUUUCCAGGUCCUUGAUGUCAAUCCAGUUCCUGGAAUGAUUAUAACUCCUUUUCAGGGUGUAAUUCCUGUGGGAGGCCGCACUGAAAUUAAAAUUUAUUUCAGACCCAAUGCAUUAAUGAAAUUUGACAGCAAAGUAGAGGUAGAAAUACGCAAUGCAAAAUCUUUGGAAUUUAGGAUUGGUGGAUCAGUAGAGGUUCCUGACAUACAUAUUAGUGCGUGCUCUUUUAUCUUCCCUGGUGUUUAUGUGGAUUCUACUCAAGAAAUUCCAUUUUUUAUUGAGAACAAAGGAAAGUCAUAUGCUAAAGUGACGAUAGAUUUGUCUGAAUAUGAUGACUUUACUCUACAUUUUCAGCCAGAUAUGCAUAAUAUAUCAGAGGCAUCUCGAGUAUAUCAUGUGACUAUAGAAGCCAAUACUAUUAUGGAAUGUUCUCUGAAUUUCACACCAAAAGAAGUGGCAGCCUAUGAUUUUACUCUUCCAAUAAAAAUUAAUGCUGAUGAAGCUCUGUGUUCCACAAAUGCCUCAAAAAAGUUAAGUCCAGCUAGUUCAGCAAAGCAUAUGGUUGUUCCUCAACCUCAGUCAUUGACUAUACCUACUCAAGAAUGCAAAGUUCAAGCAACUGUGUUACAGCCACCACUGCAUAUUUAUCCUUCAGAGCUCACCUUUCAACAUAGUAUAAAAUGUAUCAACAUGGGUGUUAUAAGUGACAGCAGUAAUAUAAAGAAACUGUAUUUGAAAAACAUCUCAAAGAAACAGCUUACUUGGCGAUUUGAUCUUGAUGCUGCAGGCAAACCCGUAGAUGAUGGUAUCUUCAAAUUUAGUUUACAUACUGGAAUUCUCUAUCCGGGGCAAAAUACAGCUGUUACCAUAUGCUUCUGCCCAUAUUGGUCUGGAAUAUAUAUUGCUCAGCUGCCUGUAUUUUUGAAUGAGGAGGUACUUGUUUACAGAACAAUCACUUUAUCUGGAAUUGUGAAAUCAAAUAAAAUUAACUUUGAACCUCAGGUUUUGAUAUUGACUCCUGUUCCUCUCAAUGUUAAAGCAGGAGCAGAUGUCUGUAUAAUUCCCCAGGAUUAUUUAAGGCCAUCAGUUUUACAAGUUGAAAUUCCAGAACUUGAUUCUGGAGAUUAUGAUGGUGGUGGUGGUGGUACUAGUGCUCAACAGAGACAUCCCUUAACAGUGCACUUCCCAGAAGGCAAUAGAAUUGAAAUAACACCAGAAGGAAAAUGCAUUGGAUUCAGCUGCCACAUCAAUUUCAUUUCUUCAAAACCAUUGUCUUUUUUGAAGAAUUUAUUCUUUGUUGAUGAAGAAAGAAACAGAUUCUCACUUCAAGUGUCUGCAACCGCAGAGAAUUGCCUUCUUACAGUGUAUCCCUACUUGGCUUGCCAUCUUACUAACCAACAAAUUGUCUUGGAAAGUGAUUCUAGUAAGAUAAUUUACAGCACUGGAGAUACUUUACAACAUCCAUGCUAUAUUCCUGGAACAUGCAUACAGUCUUCUUCCAGUAUUUUUGAUCCAGUUACCAACUCUGAUUAUGAAAAUUCUGUUUCAGAACUGAAAAAGAUUCUUGAAAAUGAAAACAUAAAGAAGCGAGAGGUUAUCAUCCAAAAUAAAUGGGUUAAGAGGAAUACAUCUGAUGAAUUAGUUUUUUCUGCAGAAGACACAGCAAAAUAUACUUUCUUCCAGAAAAUUGUAAUGGCAGCUCAGAACUGGUUUACCCUUUUUGGUUGGUCUAAAGGACCAAAUCCAAUUUCAAUUCCAUAUUCUCUAAGACGUGAUAUUUGUAAAAUUCAAAUGACUUCAUCCGAUGAAAAACUUAAGCUAAACCUUGGUAAGGAUACCAAGACAAUUUAUGACAUGUUGAUUCAUUUAAGUGGACAAUCAUUGCCUGGAAUUAGUUCAAGUCAAGUUUUGCCUUUUGAUCCCAUCCACCGAGUGGUGCAACUUCACUGGCAACAUUCUACAAUGAUCACUUUUCUCAAAAGUCAAGGAGCGUCACUUUCCCACAUUAUGCCUCAGUAUCUUCUUGACUUUGAAGAUUACACGAUAUGGUCCCAUUUACAGCUUAUGCUGAAGAUUCAAAAAUCUGAUGAAGAUGAGAGUUAUAUUUAUGUUUUGGAUGACUCUACCUUUGAGGCUGUGAGUAAGCGAGCCUGGACAGAUGUGCUAAUUCAAAUAUACAAGAUUCUGAUUCUCCAGCGAGUCUCUGUUCUCGAGGACACUAGCCAGACCAAUGCAGAAGAUACAGAACACCUUCCAAAAAUAAACAUCGAUCUUUUGUCAAGUAAUAUAUAUUCUUCAUCUGAAAUAAUUCUUCUUAUUUGGAUGAACAGACAUUUUGAGAAGACACGAAAAAUUGUGUGGAAAAACUGCGAGAAAGGGGACAUACCUCCAAAAAGAUGGAUAGUUAACUUCGAUAGAGAUCUCCAUGAUGGCCUUGUCCUUGCUGCACAAGUGGCAAACUAUUGUCCCUAUUUGAUUUCAACUCACUUUGUGAAUAUGUACACUUAUCCCACAAGUUCUGAACAGUAUUUACACAAUGCCUUGAUACUCAUGAAUGCUUUUCAUGCAAUAAAUCUUGACAUAGAUAUAGUGGCUGCUGACAUUUGUGAUCCAAAUCCAGUCAUGAUGCUUAUGCUUUGUGUCUAUUUAUAUGAGCGGCUUCCUCAGUAUUUACCUAAGAAAACACUAGAGUUUGCUGGCCAACUUCAUGCUACUAUUCUUAGAAAGAUACAGUUGAAAAACCCCAGCAUAAAACCCUUGGUAUACAAUGCUACAAUUUUAGGAAAAGAAUCCUCUACUUUUUCAUUACCGAAAGGAAAUACUGUCACAAUUCCCCCAAAGAGCCAAGUAAAAGUUAAUGUGGAAUUUACUAGCUGUUUCCUGUAUCCUGCUGAAGCUGUACUUUUGCUUGUUUCAAAAGCUUUAACCACAGGAGGCUUUACAAUGGCUAUUUCUUUGAAGACAAAAAUUAACUCCAUCAAACCUAGUGGCAUAUUAAAAUGCAAAUCUUCAUGUUAUGAACUGAAAAAAUAUAAUCUACAGGUUACUAGUCCAUUCAGAACUGAGGGGCCAUUCAGUGUCAUUUUAAUUGAAUCAACAAGUUGCAUCAUGGAUCCUGAGAUACUUGAUCACAUCAGCAAAAUAAGGCAAGGAAAAGUUAAAAGUUCUGAAGCAAAUUUCCCAAAGGGUGCACAUGAUGUGAUAGAUGUAUUUGGAAUAAAUAAUCAGGAGGAAAACCCCAAUGCUGCUAAUGAGUCCAAUUGCUUGCAAGAGUUCUUUAGUCCAUUGGAUACAGUACUUGUGGACCAAGAUAAUUUUAUCACUCUUAAUCUCCACUAUCUUCCUUUUAAGAUGGGAAAACGUUAUUGUGUGAUUAUUUUUAUCAAUGAGCAGAUUGGGGAAUUUUUAUAUUUGGUGGAGGGUAUAUGUGGCUUACCAUUGCCUUCAAAACUAAUUCCAAUGGACAGCCCAAAUAUUUUGUACAUUAACAGCACAUGUGAAGGUCAGAGAGAAAUGUCACCAGUUCUUUAUCUGAAGUGCCUCCUUACAGAUAUACUUAAAGAAAAGCUGAAGAUCCCUUUAACCAAUGAAGCUAGAGAAAAAGCACUAGCUAUUGCAGCACAGCAACAUAUGUCUGCUCUGGAAUAUGAGCGAAGAAGGGCCACAGGAACACUUGAGAGCAGUAGUGUUCGAGCUGCAGUUGCAGCCUUGGGAUUAUCAAGAGUUGAGAAGGAUGCUCUGCACAACUAUCCUUUAUUCUCUGAACAAUAUAUUGAAUAUAAUGUUGAAGUCAGCAUGCCUGAGUAUUUUGAAAUUCCUUCAAAAAUAUAUAUACCUGUGUUAGCCUCAUGCAGAGCUAAUUCCUCAAAGGCUAGAAAAGCAGACCAUUGGUUUGAUACAGCAGAAGAUGAUGCAAUUGAACUUCCUCUAACAUUUAAACCCUGCUAUGCUGGCCAAUAUCCUUGCCAUAUCCUUCUCGAAUCUAAAUAUGACGUCCGCCUCUUUAAGAUAGAAUGCGUAGUGAACACUGAUACUUUUGAGGCUGAACUAGAGUUUGUAAUUCCAGCAUAUCAAGCAGCGAUACAGGACAUUCCAAUAACUAAUCUGAGUCAACAAGAUUGGAAGCUUAAAGCAGAUUUAAAAGGAUACUGUUUUUACGGUCCUCCUGUUAUAUAUGUAGUCCCUGGUGAAACAAGUAUGUAUCCUCUUAUGUUCAAGUCAACUGCUGAAUGUGUAACUAUGGGGCAACUUACAUUACAAAAUGAAGCAGAUGGUACAGAUCAUAUUUUUCUCUUGAAAGGGACUGCAACAAAACCAUUGGCGCUGGAUCAUAUUAAGCUAGAUUGCCAAGUUAAACAAACUAUACAGAAGGUCAUAAUGGUGCCAAAUUUUACCAAGAACGAAUUGAUAUAUAAGGUAUAUAUGUCAGUUUGAAAGAGACUGUAUAAUUGUUUUACAGAAUGAUCAGUCUAACAAAUACAAAG